UGAUUUAUAUCCAACACAGCUCUGCUCUUCAUCACAUUUCGAACCAACAAUGAAGCUGCAACUAACACUGGCGCUCAUCUGCGUGCUCCUCCCACAAGUGAGGACAUAUGCGAUAUGUUACCUGUGUAUACCAGAUGCGUCUGGAACAUGCAAAGAAAUGCAGACGGUCUGUGCAGAUCGGUGUGGCAGCCAGACCACCCUCGUGAGCGCUGGUGGUGUACAAGAGGUGUCGAGUGUAAAGGCUUGUGCAGUAGCAUCACAGUGCGUCAAUGGGAGCCUGAACCUGGGACACGUGAAAAUGACUGUCCACACGCAAUGCUGCACCACUGAUCGCUGCAACAGCCAGAAUCCAGCAGCUUUGCCAUUUGGGUCUCCGAAUGGGAAGAAGUGUUACACCUGUACUAAUAACGACUGCAAAGGAACUGUGAACUGUGAGGGGGAUCAAGAUCGCUGCAUCAUCACCACAGUUACUUCCGGUAAUGUUCAAGUGAAAGCGAAAGGCUGUGCGAGCAGAAGUCUCUGUGCUGCAGACGCAUCGAGCAUGAAGGCAGCUGGAGUCACUGCAACUGAGAGCUGCUGUAAGGGGGAUAUGUGUAACAGUGCUGAGGGGGUUAAACUGAGUCUCCUCAUCAUGCUGGUUCCUCUGAUCUCCUCCACCCUCUUCCACUGAACUCUCUGUGGCUCAAGCACUUUUUCACAUUUUCAUUUUUUUUAUCUUUUGAUUCUCACAUUAGUGUAUAUAUUACAAGAUGACAGAAUGGAGAGUCUGAAUGUUGUUUAUAAUGACGGUUUUUGUAACCAAAAUAACUAAUAAACAGUGUAAAGAGUGA